AGGAGGGUCUGCGAGCGCUUGUUGCUCGCUCCGGGGUUUCGGCCGCGUUCAACUUUCUUCCCGCUGUUUUCUUUCGCAGGUGUCCGGGGUUUCGCGGGCUCUUGAAGUUCGUGAGAUUUCAGGCUGGUUUGUGACCACGAGAACAACAAAUGCGUGGUCUGCCUGGCGGACAGGGUUUUUUUGGGUGAAUCGGAUCUCUUUUAUGAGACCAACUUCAGUCGAUACACCCUGUUAACCUUGUCUGCCUCUGUCCUUAGACCCGCAUGGCUACUGCCUGCACCCUUGGGGGAGUUUUCCAGCUGUACCCCUAUAUAAUUAACGCCAGGAUAACGCUGCCCCGUGUAGACCCUGCCUUCGCAAUGAGCGGGGGUUUCGUUUUUGUUUUCCUCUCCGCAGCUCGUGCUUCCAAACGUUUGGAAGCGCUGCGAGUCGUGUUGUAAUAGGUUUUCUUGUACCGUGAUGGGACGUGCAGAUAGGAGUUAGGCAGGGGGUGACAGUCGUACUCGAAAUUCACUCCCUGCCUUAUAUCAGUAUUACAUCUCAGAAAACUGCAGGGCGAUGGCACAAGCGGCCCAGGGAAGUUUGAGCAUCUCCUUCAUUGGAGGUUUUCAGGAAGAGGCUGGAUAAGUACUUGACGGGGAUGGGUCGAGAAUAGUGUCCCGUGGAGUUAGUUGUGCAUUUAGCGGUCUCUGUUUAGCCACUUAGCGGGGCUUGUUGUUCCUAGUGGACCUAGGUCCGCCAUCAGCAUAUGAGACAGGACUGCCAUCAUGCAGAGGAGUGGACUAGGCAUCUGUGAAGGGACCUUUCAACUCUGUGGUCCUAUGAGCUUUCCUGUGAAAGCAAGCCCUUAAACUUGAAGUUCAGAAUUCAUCAGAAUUGCUAUUUCCGUGUUGCAGCAUGUGGAAAUAUUUCAGGACUUUUAAUGCAUAAUUUCAUUGUUAUUCAGCUUCUGAAAGCUGGGAAGGCAAAGGAAGUUUCCUAUAAUGCACUGGCUUCACACAUUAUUUCAGAAGAUGGGGACAAUCCAGAGGUUGGAGAAUCUCGUGAGGUCUUUGAUCUUCCUGUGGUAAAGCCUUCCUGGGUGAUCUUGUCUGUUCGCUGUGGAGUCCUUCUGCCAGUGAAUGGUUUCUCUCCAGAAUCAUGCCAGAUCUUUUUUGGAGUCACUGCUUGUCUCUCUCAGGUUUCAUCUGAAGACCGAAGUACUCUUUGGGCUUUGAUUACUUUUUAUGGAGGGAAUUGCCAGCUGAGUCUCAAUAAUACGUGUACUCAUUUGAUUGUGCCUGAGCCAAAGGGGGAAAAAUAUGAAUGUGCUUGUAAACGAGAGAGCAUUAAAAUUGUGACACCUGACUGGGUACUAGACUCUAUAUCUGAUAAAGCUAAAAAAGAAGAGAUACCUUAUCAUCCUCGUCUAAUUGUAUACGAGGAGGAAGAAGAGGAGGAAGAGGAGGAGGAAGAGGAAGAAGCAGAAAAUGAAGAACGAGAUUCCCCAAAUGAAGCUAGUACAGAUGAAAAAUUAUCAAGCCCAGCAUCUUCUCGAGAAGGCUCGCCUUUGGGUGACCGAGCUUUUUCACCCAAAUCUGUUAGUGCUGAUAAAACAAAAGGGGAACUGAUGUUUGAUGAUUCUUCAGAUUCCUCUCCAGAAAAGCAAGAAAGGAAUUUGAACUGGACACCAGCUGAAGUUCCACAGACAUCUACAGCAAAGCGCAGAUUGCCUCAGGGCAAGGACUCUGGGUUAAUUAAUUUAUGUGCCAAUGUUCCUCCAGUACCAGGCAAUAUUUUGCCACCAGAAAUCAGAGGUAAUAUAAUGGCUUCAGUACAAGGGACCCAAAGCUCUGAACGACCAGAAAUGAUGGCUACGUGGAGUCCAGCCGCACGGACAUUAAGAAAUAUUACUAAUAGUGCUGAUAUUCAGCAGAUUAAUAGACCAUCAAAUGUAGCACAUAUCUUGCAAUCCCUUUCAGCACCUACAAAAAGUUUAGAGCAACAAGUCAAUCACAGCCAACAGGGACACCCAAAUGCAGUGUUGUUUAGCCAAGUGAAAUUAACUCCAGAGACACAUUUAUUACAACAACCCCAUCAAACCCAGCAACAACAGCACCACCCUCUUUUACACCUGCAGCCUCAACAACUGAUGCAGCUGCAGCAACAGCAGCAGCAGCAACAGCAGCAGCAACAACCACAAAUUUCCCAACAGCCUUUCCCACAGCAGCAGACGCAUCAGUUUUCACAACAGCAACAGCAAGUUCAUCAGCAACACCAAUUUGCACAGCAGCAGUUACAGUUUCCACAGCAACAGCUACAUCCACAGCAGCUGCACCGGCCUCAGCAACAGCUGCAGUUUCAGCAGCAGCAUGCUUUGCAACAGCAGCUGCAUCAAUUACAACAGCAGCAACUGCAACAGCAGCAGCUGCAACAACUACAGCAACAGAACCUGCAACAACAGCAGCAGCUGCAGCAUCAGCAGCAGCAGAUCCAGCAACAGCAGUUGCAGCAGCAGCACCUGCAGAGAUUACACCAACAGCAUCAGCAGCAGCAAAUGCAAAAUCAAGCAUCACAACACUUGACCCAAGCAUCACAAACACUACAGCAUCAAGUUCCAGCCCAGCAGGCCCAACAUCACCAGCAACAGCAGCCGCAACUGCAGCAGCAACAGCUCUUUGGACAUGACCCAGCAGUAGAGAUUCCAGAAGAUUUUUUUCUACUGGGCUGCGUGUUUGCAAUUGCUGACUAUCCAGAACAGAUGUCUGAUAAACAACUGCUAGCGACCUGGAAACGGAUAAUCCAAGCACAUGGCGGCACUGUGGAUCCUACACUAACAAACAGAUGUACGCAUCUUCUCUGUGAAAGUCAAGUCAGUAAUAUGUACGCUCAGGCUUUGAGAGAGAGGAAGAGAUGCAUAACAGCACACUGGUUGAACUCAAUCUUGAAGAAGAAGAAAAUGAUACCACCACAUCGUGCCCUCCAUUUUCCAGUGGCAUUCCCCCCAGGAGGAAAACCAUGUUCUCAGCAUAUAAUCUCAGUAACAGGAUUUGUUGAUAGUGACAGAGAUGACCUCAAACUAAUGGCAUACCUGGCAGGAGCCAAGUAUACAGGCUAUCUGUGUCGCAGCAACACAGUUCUCAUCUGUAAAGAGCCUAGUGGGUUAAAGUACGAGAAAGCCAAAGAGUGGAGGAUACCAUGUGUAAAUGCACAGUGGUUGUGUGACAUAAUUCUAGGAAACUUUGAAGCUUUGCGGCAGAUUCAGCACAGCCGAUAUAUAGUAUUCAACCUUCAAGAUCCACUGUCUCCUAGUCAGCAUCUAGUUCUGAAUCUCCUGGAUGCAUGGAGAGUGCCAUUAAAGGUAUCAUCAGAACUUCUAAUGGGUGUGAGGUUACCCCUGAAACCGAAGCAAAAUGAAACAAGUCUUCAGCCUUCUUCUAAAAGAGCAAGAAUUGAAGACUUACCACCUCCUACUAAAAAGCUCACACCAGAAUUGACGCCAAUGGUGCUCUUCACAGGAUUUGAGCCUAUGCAAGUUCAGCAGUAUAUCAAGAAACUCUAUAUUCUGGGCGGUGAAGUGGCAGAGUCUGCACAGAAAUGUACACAUCUGAUUGCCAGCAAAGUGACCCGCACUGUAAAGUUCUUAACAGCCAUUUCAAUAGUCAAGCACAUUGUAACUCCAGAAUGGUUAGAAGAGUGUUUCAAAUGCCAGAAGUUUGUUGACGAGCAGAACUACAUGCUCAGAGAUGCAGAAGCUGAAGUGCUUUUCUGCUUCAGUUUAGAGGAGUCCCUAAAGAGAGCACAAGUAGCUCCACUUUUUAAGGGAAAGUAUUUUUACAUUACACCUGGAAUUUGUCCUAGUCUUUCUACCAUGAAAGCUAUUGUGGAUUGUGCAGGAGGAAAAGUAUUAUCUAAACAACCUUCAUUUCGGAAACUCAUGGAACAUAAACAAAACAAAAGUUUGCCAGAAAUAAUCCUGAUAUCCUGUGAAAAUGACCUUCACUUAUGUCGAGAAUAUUUUGCCCGAGGCAUAGAUGUCCACAAUGCAGAGUUUGUUCUGACAGGAGUACUUACUCAAACACUGGAUUACGAGUCAUGCAAAUUUACUUGAUGGCUAGGAAAAUACCUUAUUGCUUCGGAGUCCUUGGAGCAUUAAAUCUAGCUGUUCCAGCCACCAUAUAAAGUAACUAAUACUUCCUGUGGAUGCUGUUUUCCAGCUGUUUUCCUUGGGGUGAUGAGCAGUUUAACGCAGGAAAGCAAAACUAAACUGCAUCUUUUUUAGGAUGUGUAAUUUUAUUAUGAGGAAACAUAAUUUACUAUGUUUUGUAUUAUACUACCAUUUUAAGAGCCCACUUUAGGUAUCAUGAUUAGCCAGUUUCUAAAUGUUUUGACAAAUAUAUGGUACUUCAGCCAAAAGUAAGAUGUGGAUGUAAAAAUCAGAAAGGGCUUGCUAUCUAUUAAAUUAUGGAUGUUGAAGAUUAAAAUGUUUUGUACUUUAUUUUUAUUUCUUAUACUCUAUUUUCUUUUAUAUUGCUAUUUUGCCCAAGUUUUAAAUAAAUGUACUUUUAAAUGUUUUACUCUAAA